UGUAGUUUCGGUUUUGUUUCAGGCUCAGCUGUUGGUGUUCAGUCGGGACUCGGUCAGUCUUCAUUCCCAUCGUGUCCUCCUGAAACACCGCAGACAUGUACGAGCUGGAGAAGGAGAAUUUGCGGCGCUUGAGCUCUUACAUCACGGCCAUUUUACGACCGUCACUAAUAAAAACCUUCAUGACGACAUACCUGAAGAAAGAAACAGUGGAGCGGAUUAUGUCCACCGAGCAGAGCUCCCCGUCCGCAGCCGCUCAGAUGCUGCUGGACUGCAUGUGUGAUCUGGAGGAGGACGGCUGGUUUCAGGCCUUUUUGGACUUCCUACAUACUGCUGAGUACACCGGCCUGCACGGUGCCAUUAAAAACUGGAAUUUCCUUGAGUAUGAGGAGCUGCACGAACACCGGAAGCUUCUGGAGAGAAUCGAACCCUCAAUCACCAAACACUUGAAGCCCAGAGAGCUGCUCAUGCACAUGAACUGCUGUCUCAACCAGAGGGAGUCUGAGGAGAUUCAAGCGGUGGAAGCGCAGCGUGGACCUAUCGCCGCCAGUGAGAAACUCGUGGACUGUCUUCUGCGCUCAGAUAAAUCAAACUGGUUUAAGGUGCUGAAGAUGGCUCUGGACACCUGCGAAUUAUAUGAGGCUCUCGACCUGCUGGAGACAAAUGGAGCAGGAAAGUCAGUGCAGGACUCAGACUGCAUGAUGGCCGAAUCCUCCACCGUGUGCUUUGAGUACAGAGAGGAGAUGGAGACGGAAAACAUGGCGGCGCCGGAGAGCUGCAGACACAUGAGCGUCACUGAAAUGCCUGCUGGAGUUACAGGUGACUCUGGGCGUUCAGGUGAGCGUAAGCUGAGGGAAUAUCAGAGAGAGCUGAUGACUGCGGCCGUCAGCGGACAGAACACCAUCAUCUGUGCUCCUACAGGUUGUGGGAAAACUAUCGUGGCACUGGGCAUCUGUGAGGAGCACCUGAAGCUGCUGCGCGGACGAGCAAAGAUCGCCUUCCUGGCCACUAAAGUGGACGUUUAUGAGCAGCAAUACAAACUCUUCCAGGAGCACUUCAGCAGCAAAGACCCCAACAUCAGGGUGACGGGGAUGUGUGGAGAUAUGGCUCUCUCAGUGCGGAUGCUGAUCGAGACUCAUGAUAUUGUGGUUCUGACGGCUCAGAUUCUGGUGAAUGCCCUGCAGAGUGGAGAGAUGGAGAACCUGCAGCUGCUGACGCUCAUCCUGCUGGACGAGUGCCACAACACCACCGGCAAACACCCCUACAACAACAUCAUGACCCGCUACCUGGACAACAAACUCACCGGCAGCGGCGGGUUACUGCCACAGAUUGUGGGCCUGACAGCAUCGGUUGGCAUCGGUUCCUUCAAAAACCAGAUGGAAGCGGAGAACAAUAUUACACAGCUAUGUGCUAACAUGGACACCAGAGUCAUUACCACUGUUAGCAAACACCUGGACGAGCUCAAGUCAUACGUGCACACGCCGGAAAAAGAAUUUUUCCAUGUGUUUCAGACCCCGUCAGAUCCCUUCAUCAGAAUCAUCCAGAACAUCAUGAGUAACAUUGAGCAGAUGGCAAAGAAAACCUACAACAUCGAGAGUCUGUCGAACAUCUCGAACCGUGAGUAUGGCUCUCAGAAGUACGAGCAGUGGAUCGUGUCGGUGCAGAAGAGCUGCAGAGUUUUGCAGAUGCAGAAUGCAGAUGAGGAGAGACGCAUCUGCAGAGAGCUCUGCAACUACACUGAACACCUGCGGAAAUAUAACGACGCUCUGAUCAUUAAUGAAGACGCUCGCACUAUAGAUGCUCUGGAUUAUCUGGACGUGUUUUUCCAGCAGGUCCGAAAUGCUGGAUUCCACAACACAGAGAGGAAACUCACUGCGCUUUACGACACCCAGCGUCCGCAGCUGCAGUGUUUGGCCACUGAGGGGCAGCAGAACCCCAAACUGGAGGAGCUGCGCUUCAUCCUGGAGGAGGAAUAUCACAACAAUCAGGAGACGCGCACCGUCAUGUUCGUCCGCACACGAGCCCUCGCCGACGCCAUGAAGAAAUGGAUUGAUGACACUGAUACUCUGAAGUUUCUGAAGCCUGGAGUUCUCAUUGGAAAAGGCCGGAAAUCCAACUUUACUGGUUCAGGAAUGACCCCCAGUAAUCAGAGGGGCGUUCUGGACAUCUUUAAGAGCUCAGAUCAGAGUAAGAUGCUCAUCGCCACAUCAGUCGCUGACGAGGGCAUCGAUAUCCCACAAUGCAACCUGGUUCUGAUGUACGAGUAUGUGGGAAACGUGGUGAAGAUGGUGCAGGUUCGAGGUCGUGGGCGUGCGCAGGGCAGCCGGUGUUUCCUGAUCUCCAGCAGUGCCGAACGCAUUGAGAAGGAGAAGAUGAACAUGAUGAAGGAGAGACUGGUGGAGGCGGCCAUUGUGGCUCUGCAGAGUCGCCCUGCGGACCUCAGUUUCAAGGUGGACAUACUACAGAAGGAAGAUAAAGCACGGAGAGAUUUCCUCAGCGCCAGUCCUGAUAAACCUAAAACACAGGACAGCUUCAAGCUCCUCUGCGCAAAGUGCAAGAUGUUUGCGUGUCAGAGCGACGACCUGCGAGUCGUGCAGGAGUCUCAUCACAUAGUUGUGGACCGCUCCAUGUUCUCCCGCUGCUCCAGAGUUCCUCACAGAAAGCCCAUCAACUUCUGUGGCUUCAGUAAGAAGGAGAAGAUGCAGUGUGUGGAGUGCAAACAGGACUGGGGGCUCGUCGUCUCAUACCUCACCAUACAGGAUCUGCCGCUGCUGAAGAUCGAGAGUUUCGUGGUGCAGAAUUUGGUCACUGGAAAGCAGCAUUACUUCAGAAAGUGGCGCGACGUGACGUUUGCCAUCCGAGAGUUUGACAUGACGGAGAUCACACCUGAAACAUGGGCGCUGGUCAACUGAGAAGAAACAGAUGAACAACACACACAAACACACACACUCCUCACAUUGAGUGCGGAAAACGCUUCAAUUACAAAUGUUUCCCAAGGGAUGUUUAACAGAGCAAUGACAUUUUUCACAGUAUUAUGAGACUAUGAGAUCAAAUUACUGCCAGAAAUAUUGUGCUCAUGGAACAAAAACUAAUAAGUGUCAAAUAAAAAACUGAAAACACGAGUAAAAUAAUAAUGAUAAAACUAAAAACAACACGAUCACGUAUUGAAAGAUCAUCCUUCAGACUUUGUGCUUAGAUCAUUAAAAUAGAGUCUAAUAAGCGUGAAUCAAUAAUGACGCAUUAUAGUGACUCUGCCUUCGUCUGACUGGCUAGAGCAGCAGCUGUCAAUCACAACCUGUGACCAAUGAUGACGCAGAAGGCCACCUUGAUUCAAAUAAAAGUUUAAUGGCGUCUUUCGCAAAUGCAAGCGU